AUGGCAUUACUUUCGUCUGCGCCAGAACUUGAGGUGCAAGCCCGCGCCCAAAUACAAGAGUGGAUUCAAGGCGGAGAACUACGACGCGUCCAGUACAAUGUGACGCUGCCGACUAUCGUCAAUUCUCCAACAGAUCCUCUCUCCUAUCGAGAAAUCGUCGCAGAGACCACAGCCGUCAGCCAUCAUGUUUCCAACAGUAUUCGUGCGUUUUAUAAACAGUUAGGAUUACAGCACGCGGGGCUUGGGAAGCCAGAUGACGACAUCAGCGCCACCAUAAUCAUCGAUACUCAAUCCUUUGAAGGCGAUGCGCCUUGCAAUCACCGCAGAUUCCACUCGCGCCGGCUUUCACUGCAUGACGCGGAGACUCUGCAGGACCUCGACUUUGUGUCCCUUUUCGCCCUGAGGUCAGCGCCCAGCCGCAGCGCUGUCGAGUCUCAGGACAUGCGCCCUCUGUCUCCGCUGCUGCUCCUCAACUGUCUCGCUCACCUGCCAGCAGUGAAGGAGCUGUAUGUGCCGUGGCUGUGGGAGCGUCCAAUGCCGUGCACUGUACCCAGCGAGCCAAUGCGUGAACAUCACUCACGACCUUGGGAGGGCCCUCUGCGAGACGCCCGGCACGAGUUCGGUGCUGCCAUACUGGAGCCGGAAAAGUAUCUCGCUGGAGGGCGGAUCCCCGCCACGCUGACCGAGGUGGGCUUGCAUUUCUGGACCCCAUGCCAGAUCCCUAAGGAAGACCAGAGCAUCCCCAGACCAAACUUGAUCUACCCGGCGGAUCAUGACCCAGUAUCCAUGGGAUUGCGACAGCUCGCCACGCAGCUGCAAGUACUCGACGUACGGGCCUUGAUUACCGAGGACAUGUUUCCGCCCGCAACGGCGCCCGCGGAGGAGCAGUGGGUACACAUGCGCCGCCUGCAGAUCGAGUUUCAUCUGCUGCGGCCUGAUGGACGGUGGUACUUCACUGGUCCUCGUGGUGAAGACCCGCACGACGCAGAUCAAGGCGGGUUCCGGAUUUCCAACACAGGUCACUACCCCCCCGAGCCCGACCGAGCCGAGGAUAAAGCAACGGACGAGGAGUGGGAAGGUGAUCGCUAUGGUGGCUCUUCAUCUGAUUAUGUUCCCGACAUGUUUCGAAUCGAGCCCUGCAGGGAGCGGAUCGAGCCUCUACUGGCAGCGUUUGCCCAAGCACUAAGUCGCAAGAACAUGCCAGCACUGGAAGUGGCUGAAUUGUUUGCCGUCCUGUGGUGGAGCCCGUCAGAGAGCAGAGAAGAAGAGUAUGAUGUCGAAGACCCGGAUGAUUGGGCGCCGCCGGAUACCCACCGUUGGGGCGUCAAAUACAUUGCUGCCGAUGAAGAUGAAAGCAGCAAUCAUGGCGGCCCAGUUGUGCAGUGGCAGGUCGGCGAAUGGAGGCCCAGCCAGCGGAUCCUGAGCCUCUUUGAGGCAUUGGGGCGCCAAGAAUGGCGGGAUUUCGAAUAUGGGCAUGGCCGAGAUCUUGGAAGUUUUGACUUGACGUUACAAAAGCGCCUCCACUAG